AUGGCACCGAUCGAUUUCUACUACGUCCCCGGCAGUGCGCCCUGCAGGAACGUUCUGCUCACCGCUAAGGCCCUCGGGGUCGAGUUGAACCUCAAAUUGACCGAUUUAAUGAAAGGGGAACAUCUCUCGCCUGAAUACAUCAAACUCAAUCCCCAACACACGGUCCCCACAAUCGACGACAACGGCUUCGUUCUAUGGGAAAGCAGAGCCAUCAUGACCUACUUGGCCAAUCAAUACGCCAACAACGACACCCUCUACCCCAAGGACCCCAAGAAGCGCGCCGUCGUCGAUCAACGCUUGUACUUCGACAUGGGAACCUUGUACAAAUCCUUCGGCGAUUACUUCUACCCCAUGGCUUUCGCCAACGCUCCGGCCGAUCCGGAGAAGCUGAAGGCCGUCCAAGCCGCCUUGGCCUUCCUCGACGGCUUCAUCGGCAACAACGAAUACGUGGCCGGGGAUUCCCUCACGCUGGCCGAUCUCGCCAUCGUGUCGAGCGUGUCGACGAUCGAACUGGCCAAGAUCGAUCUGAGCGCCCACGGCAACGUGGUCAGAUGGUUUAGCAAGGUGAAGGCCACCGCGCCCGGCUACGUCGAGGCCAACGAGAAACCCCUGCAGGACUUCAGGAAGUUCGUCGACAAGCUUAAAUUGUAAGGAAUCAAAUGGUGUAUUAAAUCGCACUGUG